UUUGUGGCCCUGUCUCUCGCUCGGGUGAUCCGCCGCCGCUCCCCGCCCCAAAUCGCAAACGACCGUCGUCGACCGCGACGAUCGAGGGCUGCAUGCCGCAAGGGCUCGAAGCCUUCCACGAAGAAGCAUCCGCCGCCCCGCCCAGUCUUCUGCGCGCACCGAUGGAUUGACAGACUCGCAACCUGCGCGGCCACAGGAACGAUGCCCUACCUCGGUGCCAGUUUUGAUGACGCCACGCAAGCCGCGCUGGCGGAAGCCGCCGACCGCUUUGCCGCGAACUCGCCCUUUGAGAGGGAUCAGACGCGGCCCUUCCACAUCCCACUGAUUGGCGGGCUGCACGUCUACACGCGCGACGAGAUCAGCAACGCCGUCGAGGCUGGCAGCCAGGCCGCCUCCGACGCCAUCGAGGGCCGGUUCGUCCGAUGGGAGGCGAGCCCGCGCGGCCGCCUCCGCGUCGUGGUCUCGCUCAAGAGCCACGACGGCCUCGAGCGCAUCCGCUGGCUGCUGCCGCGCGGCAAGGAGUGGCGCGACGAGAAGUACGUGGACGUCGGCUCGCUCUCCGAGGUGAGUCGGUCGGAGAGGGACGCCUUUCUCGAGGCGGCCGCUGCGGCCUUCCCCAUCACGGAGAGCAGCUGCUUUGCUUGCCGCGCGCUCGACUACGUCGAGCUGCCAAAGAAGCCGCCGGCCUCGCGCGGCAAGCGCCGCGCCAAGCUCGCGGAGUCUGUGGCUCGCAUCGUCGUCAGGGAGGACGCGAUGGCCAUUUCCCUCGACGACCUGAUCAAGGAGCGCAAGGCCAAGGGCGGCCUCAAGAAGCCCGCUCCGAGCAACGGCUCGCAGCUCAACCCUGACGCGGCCGUUUUCGUCCCUGGCGCCGCGGCCAAGCUGCCGCGCGCCACGACGCCCAGCGGCCGGAACAGGGCGGCGCGACCUGGUGCGCUCGUCAAGGCGGGCCCGCUUGGCCCGCCGGCCAUCCGACGCCAGCACGCGCGGAGGCAGCAGCCGACGGCUCCGAAGGAGCGGGUGGGGAAGGGCCCCAUGAGCGGCGGCCCGAUCCGAAAGAACAGGGCGAAUGGAAUGCAGCGGGCCUCUGGCGCGGCGUUGAUUCGCCCGUAAGCCCAUGCCUUCGCCGACACGAGAUGCGCGACGCCGCCGGGAGAGCGGAGACGUGGCUGGCCCGUGGGGACCGAGAGACUGACCUGACGUGACUUGCGUUGUUGAGAGUUUCUUGUGCCGGAUGAUGACGGCCGAUGUUUGUUUGCUGCUGGUUGGUUUUCUUAUUUCUUUUUUUGAUUUUAAGAUCUAUUUUCUUUUC